GCUUAUCCUUUAUAAUAUUGGGGAAAGUGAAAAUUUUAAGAAGGGCCAGUUGCUUAUGCUGCUUGUAUGCACUUACCGUACCGCCAUUGCCGGUAACUUUCCACCAACGUGGAAAAAUUCCAUGUUGUACUCUUCAAAAACAUUUUCCAGCCUAUAAUCAGACAAACCCAUAAUCAGCCAUGGCACCGCCGCCACUAGUUUUCAAGGUGAAUAGGCGUGAACCGGAGCUAAUCGCUCCGGCCAAACCCACUCCUCGCGAAUUCAAAUCUUUGUCGGACAUCGAUGACCAAGAUGGCCUACGAACCCAAUUGCCGCUUAUACAUAUUUACCGGUAUCAUCCUUCGAUGGAAAGGAAGGAUCCUGUUCAGGUCCUUAAACAAGCAAUUGCAGAAACGCUAGUGUUUUACUAUCCAUUUGCUGGUAGAAUCAGGGAAAGGCCUAAUCGGAAGCUCGUCGUGGAAUGCACCGGCGAGGGUAUUCUGUUUGUUGAGGCUGAUGCCGAUGUUGCUCUGGAUCAGUUUGGGGAUGCGAUUCGGCCUCCGUUUCCUUGCUUUGGAGAGCUUCUCUUUGAUGUCCCUGGAUCUAGUGGAAUAGCGAACUGCCCUUUGUUGCUUAUUCAGGUGACACGCCUCAAGUGUGGAGGAAUCAUCUUGGCCAUUCGAUUGAACCACACCAUCAGCGAUGCUACAGGUUAUUUUCAGUUCAUAUCAACUGUAGCAGAGAUGGCAUGUGGAGCCCGCUCCCCCUCCAUCCCACCCACAUGGGACAGACACCUCCUAAAUGCACGGGAACCACCGCGUAUAACCUGCAUACACCAUGAGUACGAUGAUUUAGUUGAUGUUGAGGACCACAAAAAUCCUCCAGGUGACAAGGAUCAUCGUUCAUUCUUUUUUGGCCCUGCAGAGAUCUCUUGCCUUCGUAGAUUUGCACCCUAUCGCUCCUCUAGUUUUGAUAUAUUGACUGCAUGUUUAUGGCGUUGCCGCACUAUUGCGCUGCAACCAAAACCUGACGAAGAAAUGCGAAUAAUAUGUAUUGUCAACGCUCGUAACAAAUUUAACCCUCCAAUACCUAAGGGUUACUAUGGCAAUUGCAUUGCAUACUCAGUGGCAAUAGCAAGAGCAGGAGACCUCUGUGGAAAUCCAAUAGGUUAUGCAUUAGAAUUGGUAAGGAAGGCUAAGACAAAUGUUACUGAAGAGUAUAUGCGAUCAGUGGCAGAUUUGAUGGUGGUCAAGGGUAGGCCAAAGUUUACGAUGGUAAGGUCUUUUUUAGUAUCAGGUGCAGCAAAAAUGCGGUUUGAUGAGGUGGAUUUUGGAUGGGGUAGAGCAGUGUACGGUGGGCCUGCUAUGGGUCAUGUGGCUAGCUUUCAUAUAGCAGGUAGAAAUAAGAAAGGUGAAGAUGGGGUAAUUGUUACACUUUGUUUGCCAAGGCUAGCCAUGCAAAGAUUUGUGAAGGAGUUAGAUAGCUUGUUAAAGGGCCAGCCGAUCGGUGGUCGUCGCUCUAGAUCUGCCUUGUAAAGGAUUAGGAUUUGGCAGAGCUCCCCCGGGGGGGGGGGGGGGGGGGGUGGGGUGUUUGUAUAAACUAAAAUUUGAAUAGCAGUUUAUAAAUCCAAUUUGGUUUGAACUUUGCCCAUGAAUUUUGUAUUUUAAUUUUGUAGCCCCUUGAAUUUUUGUAUGUAAAAUAUUGAUUUGAUGUA